GAGCAGAUGAGAAGAAAUUUUUAAAAAAUAAAAAUAAGAAAAUUGAUGGAUCAUCGAUCUACCUAGCUAGUUUUUUCCUAUAAAAGAUCUUGAAGCAUCGAUCUCUUAAUUUGGACCAACAAAUCCUCCCAACUUGUUAUAUCGAGGGGAGUAGCAUUUUCAUGUGUUGUGACUAGUGGAGCUGUCACUGCUUUUGACUAUGGAUGAAUGCAAAUGGUAAAAGUACAAACACAGGGGAAAUAAGUAUGACUGAGAAUAAAAAUAGUGGUGAAGUUGUGGUAACGAUUUCGGGUGAAGAGAAAGAUUUGAGAAAUGCAAGAGACAUUCCUGAAUCACCUCAUAGGUUAUCAGUUGAUUCAUAUCCUGAAAAUGCUCUGUUAAUGCCAAGCCCUGAUAGGCCUCCCAAGAUUCCCAAUCCCGAAAACCUAACCAGGCGAAAAACACUUGCAAGGUCGGUUUAUUCAAAGCCCAAGUCGAGGUUUGGUGAACAACAAACUUUGAUUGAUCAUAAUAUGUUUGAUGACAUGGCUGAAAAUGUUGUCCAGACGUUGAACUCACCCGUAAGGGGUCCAUUGAAUAGGGCCACACCUAGAAUGGGAGGAAAUAGUCCUACAUCAUCAGGACCAGCAGGGGGAGUUGAUAAGGAUGAAGAGAUUUACAAGAAGGUGAAGUCACAAAAGACUUUGAAAUUUAAGAGGGUCAAGAUGAAAGUUCUUCUUGAAUGGGUAAUAUUUUUGUUCCUUGUAGGUUGUUUAGUUGCUAGCUUGACGGUUAAGAGAUUAAAGAAUGAAAUGGUUUGGAGCUUGGAGUUAUGGAAAUGGGUUGUGCUAAUAACGGUGAUCAUCUGUGGUAUGCUAGUCACCAACUGGCUUAUGCAUUUUAUCGUGCUGUUGAUAGAACUAAAUUUCUUGUUGAAAAAGAAGGUGUUAUAUUUUGUUCACGGGUUAAAGAAGAGUGUUCAAGUAUGUGUUUGGUUCACUGUAGUUCUUAUUACAUGGGCGUCUUUGUUUGAUCGCCAAACUGUUAAAAGAUCAAAGACUGCAGACAAAAUUUUGAAUUACAUUACUUGGACUAUCGUUGCCUUGUUGGUGGGCGCAAUCAUGUGGCUUUUAAAGACUUUAUUGCUAAAGAUUCUAGCUGCAUCAUUCCAUGUCAGCAAUUUCUUUGAUAGAAUUCAAGAAUCAAUCUUUCUGCAGUAUGUUAUGUUAACCCUCUCAGGGCCUCCUGUUAUGGUCAGGGCGAGUACAAGGGUAAGUCGUCUGAUCAGUUUCCAUGUGAAAAGGAAGGGGAAAGAGACGAAGACCAAAGAGGUGAUUGAUGUUGGUAAGCUUCAUAAAAUGAAGCGAGAAAAAGUGUCUGCAUGGACUAUGAAGAUGUUGGUUGAUGUGAUAUCGAGUUAUGGGCUCACCACGUUUUCUGGUGUUAUCGAAGAAAGUGCAUAUGACCGACCAAGUGAAUCUGCAGACAAUGAGAUUACCAACGAAGAUGAAGCAAUUGCUGCUGCUUAUCAUAUUUUUGGAAAUGUUGCUCAGCCUGGUUUUACGUACAUUAAAGCUGAAGAUUUAGAGAGGUUCAUGAUCAAGGAGGAGGUUAAUGUUGUGUUUCCAAUGAUUGAUGUGGCUGAAAAAGGACAUAUUGAUCGGAAAACUUUAACAGAAUGGGUGGUCAAGGUUUACAAUGGUCGUAAAGCUUUGGCACACGCUUUAAGCGACACUAAAACAGCCGUAAAGCAAUUGGACAAGCUUGUUACGGUAGUUCUGCUUGUGAUAUCUGUAGUCGUGUGGCUUCUUUUGACAGAAACUGCUUCCACCAAAGUACUUGUUUUACUAUCGUCCCAGCUUGUUGUGGCUGCUUUCAUAUUUGGCAACACUUGCAAGACAAUUUUUGAAGCUAUCGUGUUUGUUUUCAUAAUGCAUCCAUUUGAUGUAGGUGAUCGUUGUUGCAUUGAUGGGGUUCAGCUGAUCGUUGAAGAGAUGAAUAUAUUAACAACGGUUUUCUUGAGAUAUGAUAAUGAGAAGAUAUAUUAUCCAAAUUCGGUCUUGUCAACAAAGCCGAUCAGCAAUUUCAAUAGAAGCCCAGAUAUGGGUGACAAUGUGGAAUUCUCUAUUGAUUUCACAACACCAUUUGAGAAGAUUGGACUUUUAAAUGACAAGAUAAAGGAGUAUUUGGAGAGGAAUCCCCAAUUAUGGUACCCAAAUCACAAUGUUGUUGUCAAGGAGAUUGAAAAUGUAAACAAGAUAAAGAUGGCCCUCUUUUUUACUCAUACGAUGAACUUUCAAGACUACGGUGAAAAGGUUAAGAGGAGAAGUGAACUGGUUUUGGAGCUAAAGAAGAUCUUUGAAGAGCUGAAGAUCAAAUGCAAUCUCCUUCCACAAGAUGUUCAUCUGCACCAUCCGGAAACAAUGGCGAAGUCACCUUAAAUAGUCUUUAGGCAUGGGAAGGGCAAUCUCCUUUUCAAUGUUGUGGUUUCGUGAGUCUUAUAACUUGUCAUACCACCUUCUUGUUGGUUCAGUUUAGUGUAUAUUGCCCACUGUUCUACGUGUGCUGCUCCGAAAAGCAUCAUGAUGUGAUCCUCUCGGAUCUUUUGUUCUGGUGUACUUUCCUACAUUGGUUGGCAUGCACGCUUUGGGUGGAAUGUGAACAAUGCUAUUCUUUUGGUAAAGUUGCUUAAUUGAGAUCGACGAUUGGUAUUGUUUUGAUCAUUUUUCUUAUUCUUUGGUCUAAUGACUCUGCUCGGGAUGAUGUAUUGGGUUGUGCAAUGACCAUCGACUGCUAUCCACGUAUGAACAUGCUCCUACUCGAAAAAGAGGCUUGAAUCACAGACAACUAAUUCUCUCUGCCAAUAUCCGAAAGCGCCUACAAUUUAGAAAAGCUGAACUGGUGCGGUAUGAUCAGACUUGGGCAUUAGUCCCAUUGAAGCAAAAUCAAGACUCGUAUAUGCUACAAAAUAGAAUAGCUUUAUAUGUACAUAAAUUUUUAAGUAGUAACUAUUAGUUUUCAAAUAUUUAUCUAUUAUUAUCAUCAAGAUUUGAGAA